GUGUACGGCGACGAAGCCGAAUACUCCAAGAACCACGACAAGUUCCUAGCAUUGGCCCUGGGGUCUCCACUGCAUCGGCCAAAAGGUGUGAAUGCUUUUCUGAAGCACUUCCUCUUCUUCAUUGUGAGCUCAGCUACUGCCUUGGGCAUGCGUACCCUCAGGCCCAUACUGGUACGAGCAUGCUGGUCCCUCAAUGCGGCGUUUAUGGCGACCUCUCCCGAGAGACCCUCCUUCGCUGUUACAUGCAUUAAGGGGGACUGGGCCUGGCAUCGAUACCUGUUCAAAAUGAAGAACUGGUACAACUGGAAGUGUCGCUAUGUGUGCCACCGAUGCGAUGCGACGCAGGAUGUGAGGCAAAGUGUCGAUCUAGAUCUAUAUUAA